AUGGAUUGGCAAGGGCAAAAAUUAGCGGAGCACUUGAUGCAGAUAAUGCUGUUGGCAUCUGCUGUUGUGGCAUUUGUUACUGGUUACAUAAUGAGAUCAUUUCAGAUGAUGAUGUUGAUAUAUGCAGGUGCUGUGGUUCUCACCACAUUUAUUACUGUCCCUAACUGGCCUUUCUUCAAUCGCCAUCCUUCCAAGUGGUUGGACCCAAGUGAGACUGAAAAGCAUCCCAAACCACAGGUGGCUGUAAGUUCAAAGAAAAAGUCUGCUAAGAAGUAGGUUGAUUUUGGCAUUUGAUAGGGUUUCUAUGACUUUGUCUGUGAUCUUCUUAUGAAAGGAUUAUAAAAAAUGCCCUUGCUUUCUUGUAAAAAACUUUGAAACUUUCUCAAUUUUUACUAGAAAUAAUUUUAAUGAUCCUUGAUUUAGU